GAGAGAGAGAGAGAAAGAGAGAGAGAAAUAGAAAUAGUGAGUAGGUGGAGAAUCAAGGGAAAAUAUCUCGUAGAUGCCGUGCUCUGAAAACAACAAAAAAGAAAAAGUAAAAAAAAAUGGAAAAACGGGGAUGGGGAGGAAAAAGAAGGAGAAAAACUGUUAUAGUCAAAGCACGUGAAAGGCGUGCUUAUCAAAGUAUUAAAUAGUUCUCUUUCUCUAUCUAUAUUUUAUUUCUCUAUACAGGUUAAAGCCAAGUCUAUAUGGAUUUUUCCCGAGCAAAUUCUUAUCGAUGAAGAAAGAAGGAAAAAAGGAAAGAAAGAAAGAAAGAAAGAAAGAAAGAAAGAAAGACAAAAGGAAACUAGUACGUUAAAGAAGAAGAAGAAGAAGAAAAAAAAGUGCGUAAACCGAUAAAGGCUUAUCGAGAGAAGAGUGUCGAGAAAUCGUAGAACGAGAGAGAAAGAGAGAGAGAGAGAGGGGGGACUUCCGUCCAGGGAAUUCUCACCCCUACCUGAUUGGAUAGCCUGGAGAGAAGGUCGUUUUCGGGGGUAGUAUAAUAAACGCAGGGCAAAAGAAAUAUGGCGACCGAUCGAAGGCGACGGUGGUGGUGGUCGGAGACGGCGGUGGUGGUAGUGGUGGCGGUGGUGGUGGUGGCGGCAGCGGCGGCGGCGGCGAUGGCGGUGGUGGUAGUAGUAGUAGUGGUGGUGCUCGUGACGCAUUCCACACGGCGUCUUUCAGCGUCCCUCGGCGGCGCCACCGUCAACCAACCCCCGCAGUUCGAUUGGAAGCACCGGCCGGCGUCGGCGGAAGCCGCGUUGCUCUCUCACGUUACGAUCGUCGUUCAUUCGUGCCCUCUCUCUCUCUUUCUCUCAGACAUACACAUACACAUACACACAUAUACACAUAUACAUACACUUACACGCACACGCACACACACAUACACACACACUGUUAUACACGGAUUCACUUUUACUCGCUACAUCUAUAUAUUUUUCUCUGUCUAUCUCUCUCUCUCUCUCUAUCUUUCUCUCUCUCUCUCUCUCUCUCUCUCUCUCUCUUUCUCCCUCUAACUUAUAGUGUUACUCUUCUUACCGGAGUCACGAGAAAGUCAUCGCGUCGUUUAAAGAGUUUCGAUCGACGUUACACGGUUUCCCUUCGAGACACUCGACCCUAGUGACUGAAAGCAACGAAAGAGAUAGAUAGAGAGAGAGAGAGAGAAAGGAGAAGGAGAGAGAAAGGGAAGAAAAACAAGGAAGGAAAGAAAGAAAGAAAAAAAGAAGAAGAAGAAGAAAGAGAAGGAAAAGAAAGAAAUAAAUAAAGGAAGGCAGGAAGGAAGAAAGGACGGAAAAGGAAGGAAGGAAGGAAGGAAGGAAGGAAGGAAGGAAGGGAAGGUGUCCUAUUAACUGACACGUGUGCUGUGUAUUUGUGUAUACGUGUUUUUUUUUUUUUAUAUCUCUGUGUGUGUUUUCCAAUUCUCUCUCUCUCUCUCUCUCUUUCUCUCUCUCUCUCCUUCUCUGUCCAUCUAUCUAUCUGUCUAUUUGUGUUUUCCUGGACGUCUAUUUUACACUGAAGAAGAAGAAGAAGAAGAAGAAGAGGAGGAGGAAGAGAUCGGACAAGAGUCACGGUUACGAAGGUGCAAAAGAGAAGGAAGAAGAGGAAGAAGAAAAGAAACGAAGGGUGGCGAAGUGAGAGAGAAAGAGAGAAAGAGAGAGAGAGAGAGUGAGAGCGAGCUAGGAGAGGAGAAAGGAAAAAAGUUUUCUGAAGCGUUCGCGAACGCCUCUCUUCUUUUCAGUGUGUUUAAAACCGUCUCGACGAGCUUACGGUCGAAUAAAAAGAGAACGAAGGAACGAUCGAUCCAAAGAAAGAAAGGGCCGUGCAUGUUUAACUGUGGACUAUGGCAAGGAUCCGUAGUCGCCAGACUAUCAUGAUUCUCGGUUAUCUCGCGAUCGGCGUAGUCCUCGCGCAGAAUCCUGUUGAGGAGAAGACAACCUUCGAGGCUGCUUUUCAAGGAAGAUGCGGGCAUAGAUCUCCCUGCGAGCAUCUUUGCUACGAACUUCACGACGGAAUGUAUGAAUGUGACUGCAGGGACGGCUACAUACUUCAUAAGAAUGGAUAUAGUUGUGCCGAACUCAAUGCGACGUCACCGUCUACCAGCGAAUUCGGAGAACUCGUCGACGACAUGGAAAGAGACGAAUUGAACUUGGAAACGGAGGAGGACGAAGAUGCGGUCGAAGAUAUUCUUUAUAUGCGUGGUGCAUCGUUCACGAUACAUUUGGACCAACCGAACGAGAACUCGACGACAAAUGGAACAAAAGUGAACGGACAAUUCAAUGGGACAUCUGAAAUCCCGGACUCCGGUCUUUCUACCGUUUCUCCUCAGGUACCAAGCACGAUGCGGAAGUCAUCAAUGAGCGAGCUAGGUGAUAGCAGCACUAUAGCAAGUACCGAAGCAACCUGUACCUUGGAUUGUGGACCUGGUAAUUGUUUCAUCGAGCCGUCCCUCGAUGAAGAUAUUCUGGCGGUAUUAGUUACCGAGAGAAAUGGAAGCAACGAGGAUGGAUCAAUGACUAUGGAUCUCGAGGGCAACAGCGUAGCUUUUAGACAGCAGAAGGAAGGCAACUCCUUCAGGCAGAGGUGUCAAUGCCCUCUUGGUAGAGGCGGCGAUCGAUGUCAGCUUGAAGUCGAAGUGAGAUCACCGAGAUUUACGGGGUCAGGCUGGUUGGCAUUUCCAGCGCUAAGGGCGGCUUACAAGCACGUACAAUUAGAGUUAGAAUUUCGACCGGAAGCAUGGGACGGUGUACUGCUUCUUGCCGGCGAACGAGACGAUCUUCAGGGUGAUUUUAUGGCCCUUAUAUUGCAUCAUGGUUUUAUCGAAUUCAGGUUCGAUUGCGGAAGUGGCGCGGGUACCGUGAGAAGCACGCAAACGGUGAAGCUCAACGAGUGGAACACUUUGAGCGUCUAUCGGCAUCGUUGGGACGCCUGGAUACAGCUGAAUCAGGAAAAGCGUGUGCAAGGAAGAUCGGAGGGCUUAUUUUCGAGGAUUACCUUCCGCGAGCCCCUCUUCGUUGGUGGACCGGGAAAUACGAGCGGCCUCGAGAGGCUUCCAGUGAGAACUGGAUUCAAAGGUUGCAUCCGACAUUUGGAGGCGAACGAGCACCGUUACCGUUUCCCCUUGGCACCCCAGGGCGACGCAGCCAAUGGUUUCGACGUUGAGGAAUGUACGGCGGAUAGGUGCAGCAAAGUGCCAUGCGCCCAUGGUGGAAAAUGUCUGACAACCGGUGGUGACACUGCAGUGUGUCUCUGUCCCCUUGGAUACACCGGUGAUCUCUGUGAGACUAGAGUAGACCUUCAGGUACCAUCGUUUAAUGGGUCAUCCUAUUUACGUUAUCCAGGAUUAGGUGAUGCUUCACUCUCCUGGUUAGAAUUAUCCGUGACCUUAAAGCCUACGGCUCCCGACGGUGUUAUCAUUUACAAUGGGCAUCACAGUGAUGCUUCCGGUGAUUUUAUCGCCCUUUAUCUUUCUUCGGGAUACGUACAUUUCACCUUCGAUUUAGGAACUGGAGCAGCAAGCUUAAGAACCGACAACCCAGUUCAUUUAGGAGAAUGGUUAGAAAUCAAAGUAUCAAGGACCGGUCGUUUGGCAUCUCUCAAAGUCGAGGACGAUCCAAUUCGAGAGAUUUUGGCACCAGGCGCAUACACGCAAUUAUUUUUACCAUUGAAUCUUUAUCUCGGUGGUGCACCAUCGCCCGAUCUCUAUUCGCUCAAACUUAAAACAACGAGCAGCUUCGUCGGUUGCAUUCAAAGCGUCAUUCUUAAUCGACGUGAGAUCGGUAUCUUGGCUGAGGCCUUGGGUGGUAUGAACGUUGGAAAUUGUGGUCACGCUUGCGAGGCCAGGCCUUGCGGAGACGCUGAAUGUCGACCUCUGCGAGAUCGAUUCACUUGUCGAUGUCAUACCGGUGUACCCCAUCCAUGCCCAGCUUUGGAUGAUUAUACGUUGUUAACGUCGAUGCGUGGUAAUAACGUCAACGUACCACCACCGACGAUAUUUAAAAAUUCUGUGCCUAGUUUUACUGGAAGCGAAAGUUAUCUUCAUUAUAAUGACGCUGAUACUAUGAAGAGGAUAAUAAGCUACAGAGUGGACAUUAAUAUGAGAUUCCGAGCUAGCAGUAGUAGCGGGUUGUUACUUUGGAGCGGUCGACAUUCGGAUCCUCAGGAACAAAAGGACGAAAACGACGAUUUCCUUGCUCUUGGCUUGAAUCAGGGUUAUCUGACAUUGGCGUAUAACCUUGGCUCGGGUGAAGCCAUCUUGAGAUACAAUCUUACAAGGUUGGACGACGAUUUGUGGCAUCGCAUUAGAGCUGUCAGAAACGAGCAAUGGGCGUCGCUCGUAGUGGACAGUGGUACGGGUGUAUCGGCAUCGUCGCCAGGUCAAUUGAGACAAUUAAACACGGACACAGGAUUAUACGUUGGUGGUGCGCCAGAUAUCAUAAAGACAACAGGUGGAAGAUACACAAAAGGUAUCGUAGGAUGUAUCAGCGAUCUGAUAUUAGAUUCGGAUUUGUCGGUACCAUUGUCGUCACCUGGACAAGCGACCAAUACGCACUCGUGUAUUCCUUGAAAAAGAACCAUGCCGUUCACCUUCGAAAUGGUAGGGCCUUUCGUAGACUAUAUCUAG